AUGGGAAAUUGCAUGGACAAAACCUCGGAAUUUCCGAAGCAAGAACAACCUAGGAAUAACAGGAGGGUAAAGGUUGUGGUGAGGAAGGAGGAGUUGGAGUGGGUGCUCUCGCAGGUGAAGCUCCGACAGGGAAGAACAACAUCAUUGGAAGAUGUGUUGGAAGAACUGGAGAGAUGCAGAGGAAAGGCGGCGGCAAAAGCUUCAGUUUCUGCUACGACAUGGAAGCCUUCUCUUGAAGUCAUAACUGAGAGCCCGGAAUUGCAUGAGGUGAUGGAUAAAUCAUAG